AGGUGUGUUGACGUGGCGACUUGACGCGUUGUGUCAUUCUUACCCAGCUUUAUUUGUAAACACUGCGUGUGUUGUGAUGAGAAUCUUGUAACACAUUUCACACUAGUGCUGUUGACGUCAUUCCGACCUGCAUCUGCAUGUCGAUUGAAACAGGUGUUACAUAACUCGGUUUUGGAUUUCAAUCUUCACUCGAUCGUACCUCGAGCUGUUAAUGCAUGCUAAUUUAUUCAAAUACGAGUUGAACUAGAGAAGACCCAUGAGGUCCAUAAACGCAACCAUCAAUAGUAAGUCGAGUAUUGCCAGGUUUCCGGAGCUUUGUGUUGCCAGAUUAUCCGACUGCUUGUAUUGCCACAUUGGCCGUUUCACUGGAUUAUAUUUCCCGUUGCCCAAUGAUUUAGGUGACUUGGAGUUGAGUACGAAUUAGUCACUGGAAGAUAUAAUGUCGCUCACACGCACAGGUGCUGUCGCGUCUGUUGGACAAAUUGCGUUGAUGUUACUCAACAUUGAUCCUAUUUAAAGCACAUAACAUUAGAGGAUUGAUUAAAUAGCUGACAUGCUUUUUGGCGCAGUAUAAAGGAAUUAAACAGCCGUAUAUGUCUACAUUUUACACAUGUGUGGAGCACAUAGUAGGUUUGACACACAUGUUUGAGCACAUAGUAGGUUUGACACAUGUGUAUGAGCACAUAGUAGGUUUGACACAUGUGUAUGAGCACAUAGUAGGUUUGACACAUGUGUAUGAGCACAUAGUAGGUUUGACACACGUGUUUGAGCACAGGUUUAAAACGUGUGUAUGAGCACAUAGUAGGUUUGACACAUGUGUAUGAGCAUAACUUGAGAUGUGUUGUCGUAACACAUCACACAUCACCGUACAUGGACUUGAACCCAGCUGUUCCUAACGUGACGUCACGUAGAUCUUUACACGGCGUCCACGCCUGAUUGAUUUCCCGUCACGUGAUGCCCUCGUCUCGUGUCUCGUCUGGUCAGUCUGGUGAAACGUGUCUGUGUCUCAAACAAAGACAGUCACACAUCUGACGUCACGACUUGCAAGUCAGCAGGCAACCAGAACAGAGACCAUUUUUUUAGCGCCUUCUACAGAUUUUAAAAAAUUAAUCAACAUCUUGAUCCGACAUCAACAACACAAGCAAUAAGCCUCCAACAGCCAAUAAAACAACUUCUACAACAACCGACACAACAACUACUACAACAAACUACAACAACCGAUACAGCAACCAGCACCAACUCCAACAGCUGCGAUAUCUUACGUUUGACCACGGCCAACAAAAAUGGUUCGUGUCUCGCAGCGAAUAUUUGACUCGUGGUCGACGAUCCGAGCUUUUGUUUGCGCCGUCUAAAUAAAUCAUUCGAUGACUGCCCUUGUUUUCCUAAAGGGGAACAACUGACCACCAAGGGGAAGCGACUCACAACAAGGGGAGUGAAGCGUGGAGUAAGUUUGAUACGAUCUAGAGAUUAUACUGUAAGGAUUACUUAUCACCAAGUCCAAUGCUGACCGGCGUGGAUUAGAGUUUGUGUUGUCCGAGAUUUGACCAGCGAACACAAUUGUUGGAUUUAGCGGUUCAAGCGUGGCACGCAUUAAGGGCGUUGAAUCCAGUCGAUCUUUGUGUUGUGUUGUAUUGUGUUGUGUAGAGGCGGAAAUUUAGGAUUUGCCAUAGUUAUACGUCAUCUCACGCGAAGUUAGCCAACGCGUGCUUCUUACGUGCUACUUUAUACGUCAUAAGGCAACUACUUUCUACUUUUAACAAUACUAUUUAUAGGAAACUAUACGUCAUACAUGCCAUUAUAUCUGACGUUAUACCGACCGCAACUUCCUACGACAUAGGAUCAAGCUAAUCCAAAAACACCCGACAGUCAUAGAGUGAGCCGUAUUAAAGCAGGGGCAUUCACUCUGAGAAUCUUGAUACAAACUAGUUUCCGUUUUUUUUUUUUUUUUGCGUGUAAGGAUUUAUAUCAGCCGGCAUCGGGCAAGGUUCAUGAUGGAGAAAUUCAAGGUUACUUUACACGCUGGGUCAUCUUGACCUAGGGCCAGUCGACCAUCUAUUUUUAGCAAUUACCAAAGCUUCCGUCUUUUGAUGCCUGCAACUGAAUUGAUUGGUCUUCAACUCAUUAUACUGAUGUCAACAUCAACUCAUUAUACUAUGUCAACAUCAACUCAUUAUAGUGAUGUCAACAUUUCGUUAUACUGAUGUCAAACCAUUGUCAUUAAACCUAUUUCAAUAACCUGACAUACUGCCUUCAACGACUUAACGCUACAACAUCUAGCUGAAUCUGAAUGCACACAUCAUCAACCACCCACUAGCACACUACAACAACGCUCCAGCUUUAGGCACAGUUAGAACCUCUACAUGUCUACCUUCAUACCUGGUCACGCUUGAUAGACUCCCCUACCUACUUACAUAUCUAGCUGCAGACACCCGCGUUCAGUCAAGCGUGACACUGUCGGAACUGUGUCACAUAAACAAAGCGCCAAUCCGGCGAACUUGUUUGACUAGGACUUUAAGACGUUUGUAGAAUGUGUGGGACGUCACGACGACGUCUAUUUCACGUCUGAUGUUCAGUGGACGGUUAGGUGGAGUAGGACUAUUUUUAGCAGGAGAGAAAAAAACAUUUGAAACGUGUUCCCCGUUGGUUUUAAUAACUGGAGGUUUUUAUCUGUUAAGAGCUGUCUAGAGAUAAAAAGUUAGCAAUGUGACUAGGUUUGCUUUAAAACAAGAUCUGGACUAGGACUAUUCGGAUAAUGGCUUGUUUGUAUACAGAAUCGUGUAGCGUGCAUUUGCAUUGUUUCGUAAAUGCAGAUCUUUAAGAGAUUCUUUUAAUCCGGAAAUUUGAGGAUUUUUAUCUGGAGAGCGACCCCAAAAUGGAUCGUUGGUUGCCGAAGGGAUCGGGGGUCCCUCCUCAGUCUGACGGGGCCUUUGAGAGGUUUCUGACUGCGGCCAUCGCCACCAUCAUCACCAUCAUGUUUUCUUGGAGGAUGUUGGAUAAGCUGAAUGAGGAAGAGAGGAGAGGGGACGCUAUGGAGGAGGGAGGUCACCAGCGUGACGUAGCCGCCUCACCUGGCGCGGUCACUUCAACACCCCACCGGCCGGCGGGAAAUGGACCACAGCAGGCCACGCCCACCCGCGGGUCGGCACGGGGGCUGAGCUUCGAGCUGACCACCCUCAAGCCGAUCAUUCGUGUGCCGGUGGAUCUACCGCUGGACGGUGACGAGGAGAGCUCCGACCCUGAGACUAUUUAUAGACCAGCUUGGGAAACCACGGUGUUUUCCCGGCCUUUGCUCGUGGCUGACACUAAAAUUAUCGAUCGACUUGACGCAGGUGCUGGCGACACACAACAAUGCGGGCUCGGUGACGGGAAUCGAUACUCGCCGUACUCGGUACCUUCUUCCGGUCUGAACAACAACAACACGGUGAGCGAGAACACGGGGCCGGUCAUUCAACGACUCACCGAGCUGUCGGCAGCAACACGAGCCACGGAGCCGCUGGCAGCAACACGAGCCACGGAGCCGCUGGUUGACUCAAGCGUCGAGGAUGUGGAGGCGCCGCCCCGGGGGGACAUGAACCUCAACGUCAGCACCGACAGCAGCAGCGGCGCCAACAGCAGCAAAGAGGAGUACCGCCACAUCUUAGACGACGACAACUACCACCCGUACCGGGACCGCUACAAUGAGCCAGAUAAAUAUUUUGAAACGGACCUGGACGACGAUUUACUGGGGAUACCCGAUGAGAGGGACUACAGGAACGAGUACGGGUACGACUACGACGACGUCCAGCCGCGAGAGCUGGACUCAGACGAGGAGCUGUUUUGUUGCUCGGUGCUAGAGCCCAUCAUAGAGGAGGACUCGGACGACAUCACCACAUCCAGCGACAGCAACAGGAGCAGCAACAGCAACAAAAGCAGCAACAGCAGCCGAGGACAGGGCGAGAGCGGGAAGGAGGGUGAGUACGAUCUCGAAUACGAGGAACGAAAACGCGGCGUGACGUACGACAGCCGGACCGGGAGGGUCAAAGGUCGACCCUACUUCAACACAUCGGAGAAUCCCACGUCCCGCGAUGCGCAUGCGUCAACGCAAAGUAGGCCAAACACGGCUGUGCCAUCACGGAGACCCGUCACGCACCUGAGUGGUCGCUUGCCUGACCCAGAUAACCACGGCGCAGGUCUAACGGACGUAAACAAGACCGUGGCUGCUGAUCCGGAUAUCGCCUCGCAGACGACAGACGGCGUACUACACAGCAGUGACAAAAAUUUCAAAUCUGGUCGCAGUCAAUAUCCAUCGGAUUUCAAACCCAGCGGAGUGGAUUUUAGUGUGGAUACUUUCGUGGAUGAUCCAGAUGUGCUGAGUGCUAAGGAAUACGUUGAACAUAUCCGUGCUUUCGGUAGCAGUGUUGAUAAGCACAGCAAGUCGGGUGGUGUUUUGAAUACACAAAGUGACAUUCCGGUUUCAAGAGGAUUUCCGCAUUCUGAUAGCAGCACAGGUGAGGCGGUGGUUAGUUCUGAAACACAGGUAGACCCUGUUCGUGUUGAUGGCGCGCGUGAGAAACCUGCUCACGCGGUGACCGCGGGUGAGGAAAGUAACUCUGAGAGUGACGAGUCGGUGAGGACGGUCAUCACUCGCGAGGCGUCCUCUGAGAGCAGUGAUAGCCCCAUUCACGCGGCGAGUUAUCUACGCACUAACUUUGUGAAAACCAAACGGCCCGUCAGUGACGGCGCCGCCUAUGCUAACAAGAGGUUGAAAGGAGAGGAGGAGAAAGAGGCGUUUUACAGAGAUAGGUAUGUGAGUGAGGGAGGGGGUGUGGCGUUUGAUGAUGAAGACGACGAUGAAGAGGAGGACAAGUACGAUUUGAAAGCUUACAAGUCCUACGCGGCCUUGAACUCUGAAGGUCUAUCACCCCAGAGGACUCGGGAGGGUUUUACGGACAGUGGUGUGGGGGAUAAGGUGAGUCAAGAGCUGGACAUUGACUGGUCACGUGAUGUAAGGACAGUGAGGUUUGAAGGUCAAGGCGUGAGUAGAGUGUUGCGUGACACAGAGGACGAUGAUGUGGGGAAACGUGAGUACUUAAGUGAGGUGAAGGGUGAUCCUGAGAGUAUGGAGAGGGAUAGUUUCUUGAGAGACGUGAGUGGAGAGACGAGAGGGAGCGAGGCGGGAGAGGAGGACUGGGAGGAGAACGUGAUUGAGGAGACCUUCGUGAUCCCCAUCACGCCGGAGAGGGCCAUCAUUCGCACGCUGCAGAACGUCAAGGACCUGCUGGACAGGAGGAGCUACCGGCGUGAUGACCUCAUACCACGUGACGAGGAGGAACCGGAAGAGGAGCCGGAGGAUGUACGUCACGAGCUGGUGCCGCACGUGCAGGAGGAGCCCAUCGACGACGAGUGCCAGAGCUCGUGCACCACCAUGAUGAUUGAGGUGGACGGGUUCGGAUCCGCCGGGUACGAGGACGACAUGGGGUACCUCGACCAGGUGGACGCGGUGGCGCGGACAGACCGGACCCUGAAGGAGAAGCUGGGGUUCGAGCUCAACCUGGACGAGUUUAAAACGGACGAGUACAUGACGGAGAGCGGGUUCCCUAUCGUUAGGUACAUUGAGAAGGAGAGGGUGUAUAUAGACGAGCAAGGUCAUGAUGACCAGAGGGUGGAUGAGGAGAUGGAGGAGGGAGAUGAUGGGAGGGUGCAGGAGAUGAUGUAUAGCACGGAUGAUAUUGAUGAUAUCAAGGAUAUUGACUUUAUCGAUGAUGAUGAGGAAGCGAAUAACAAUAAGCCGAAAGAGGUUCAGGAAACCGAUUUAGAUAAGAGCGAUGAGGAGUAUGAAGAAGAGGAGGAUGAUGAGGAAGAGGAAGAAAGCGAAGAAGAGGAAGAAAGUGAUGAAGAAGAAAGCGAUGGAAAAGAAAGCGAUAGAAAAGAAGACGACAAACCAGCGAGUAGUGCUGAAACCAGUGCCUUAAUUCACGAGCCAAAGUUCGCCUACCUGGACACAGGUGUCGCCAUGAAACAAACACCAGCCAUGGUGGAGACACCACAGAGAGGGGCCCAGCGGCCCCCACUCCCGGCCAAACCCAACUUUGCUAAACUGGAGUACGGGGCCGUCACCUCCCCAACCUUGGCGGCGCCCUCUCCAAAACCAGGAUCCACGCCCUCGUUCACCCCGUCGGUCCGCGCUGAAAUGCGUUCCCUCUCCCCUCCCCCCAUUGAGGUGUUCAAACCUACUCAGCCAACAGACCGCCUGGCCGUGACGUCACCGCGCGCGCCACCAACGGCCACUCCUACCGUUGAGCCUAGGUCUACCUCCCCUGGUCACCCAACCUUACCCAAACAUUCUGCCACCAACUUUGCCUACGACAGCCCCAAAAAGCCGUUAAUAGAUUCCGACACUCGCUGCGAACCGGCUGAUGACUUCAACUCGUUUCUCCGCGACAUCCCGGCAUUCAGCGAGCCGGCUGAGGAGGGCUACGAGGAGUUUGUGCGACAUAUUUCUGAAAAGGAUGAAACGCCUGAUAGCGUGGAGCCGGAAGCUCUUACACACCUACAGACACCUCUGUCUUCGUCGGGAAUUCUAAGCGGGAAUUUGGCAUCGAAGAAGGAUGUGUUUAAGUUUCCGAAUGACGGGAGGACCCUGUCCCCCACACCACUGGUGAGUGAGGUCAAGCCGAGUGAGAGUGAGAGAAAGGCGGAGAAACGGUCAGAAGACGGCCCGGGGGAUGACAGUGACCCGAAGAAAGCCAAGCUAAAGAGGACGUCGACGGCCCAGAGUGAGGCUGAGCUUGGCGUGUUUGCUAGAAGGUCACCCCUGGGAUCAGUGGGGGACGAGUCCAGUGGCAUCUUGAACCGAUCGUUUGAGGACAGCCGAAGUUUCGCCCUGGAGCGGUACGACUCGGAACCAGGUAUGUUUAAGUCUGGCAGCAGGGAGAGCUUAUCUAGGAGCCGGAGCCGGGAAGGCUUUGUCGAGUCUCCGACUGCUGACAUGAAGAUGACAGACUGGCGGGUGUUCAGCUCCCCGCGCCCCGUGAGUGGGGUGUCGGUGGAGCCGUCGCUGGACGUCGUGCUGGAGACCCCGGUCCCACGGUCGGACUCGGUCUCGUCGGCCGACGCCCCCGCCACUCCCACUGUCGCCAUUAAAGUCGAGCCGUGUCCUGACGUCACGCCCCAGCAGGUGCAGUGGACGCGGGUCAUCCCCGGCUCGAACUUUGUGGAGGAGAAACUCUCCCCCACGUCCAGCACGUCCAGCAUGACCGGCACCACCAUCGUGACCAGCGCUACCGUCGUGACCAGCGCUACCAUCACAAACACAACCAGCAUGACGGACACCACCAAGUUGACCAGCACCACAGGGCUGUCCACCAUGACCAGUUCAACUAAAAUAACCAGCACCACCAAGAUGACCAGCAUGAUGACCAGCAGCACCAGAAUGACAAGCACCAGCAGCAGCACCAACACGGACAGAACGCCCCGGAAGUUACCCGACACGCCGGAGCGGAAGAUUGAGGUGGCUGCUGUCGGUGCUACGGUCAUCGAACGCCCCGAGCUGAUGGGCCUGGAGUUUGCUGACGCUGACGCCAUUGGUCCGGAGAUCGCGUCACCAACGUUGGGUAACGAGAGGUUCGAGAUCAAGAUGGAGGUCAGGCCCACCAUUUUACCAAUUCUUGACAAAAAGGCCUUGAGGUUAAACCUCAAUAAACAGCCAGUGGUAGAUAAAAAGGAAGAAGAAGAAGAGAGUGAUUUAACGGACGAGGAGGAUACAACAGAUGAUGAGGAGGAUGAAGAAGAAAGCGAUGAGGUAGAUAAUGAAAGUGACGUUGAUAAAAUUGACGGUAAAGAGAAAAGCGAGGUGAAAGAGGAUUUGAAGAAAGUAGAAAUUGUUGAGACGAACACUCACAAAUCUCACUCGAUGGACAGCGUUGAUGACGUGCUCCCGCAGGACACCACUUCCACGUCAGUGCUGACGUCACCUGGUCCGGUCUCCGACUCCGCCCUGGACUCCCCCGUCCUGACGGCCAAAUCGCUGCCCCAGCCCAUGUCCGUCCCGUUCCGUGGCACGGCCUGGGCGCAUGCGCAGUUCGGCCAGGCGCCGCCGCAGAAGCCGCGGACGAUGAGGGAGAUCAAGAAAAAGUUCAAGCCCUACAAGUCUGUGCUGACCCAGCCCCCCAGCGGGCCGACCACGCCCACCUCGCCAAAAAUCGCACCCUUCGUCCUCCCCGACAACCUGCUCACGCCCAGCAGGUUAAAAAUAAUUCAGUCCAGGAACAAAUUUUUGAGUGAGCAGAACUUAAACUCAGACGCCCUCUCUGGUGAGUUCGCCUCGCGUAAAGAAAACCUGCUGCAAGCUCCAGCGCCCUCUAAAGAACGGAAAUACACGCCCAAGUUCACGUCCAGCAGUCUGAAGUACCGGAGUCAGGAGCAGCUGGACAAAAUCAUGAACAUGAUCAACUUGUCACGGAAGUCGGAGAGCAACUUGCACACGGCACACGUCGACUGCCUGCACGACGACUGCAUCUUCUCCGAGCAGGGCCGGCGCGACAUCAUGGACAAGGCCCUGUCCAUCGACAACAUCCACACGGACCUGUACAAGCAGCUGCUCAGGCUGGAGGCAGAUGCGAACACGAAAGAUCUGGGCGACGCCUACUUCCCAGAGACCAAUAGCGAUUUGUUUGACCUAACCUUUCCAUUUCAGGAUGACCGCAGACAGGUGCUAGACCGCCCGGCCAGCAUGAGUGAGCUACGUCACGCCUCUGACUACACCACGAUCAGUGGGUCAGGGGUGGAUUAUUAUGACACUCCUAACUCUAAAUCGGCCGGUAAGGGCCGGUUUGCGAGCAGACAGUACAAAAAGUCGAAGAGUUUGUGCACGUUAGAGACCAACCUCGACGACCCCUUCACCACGUCCCCGACGGGGGAUAACCUCCAGAGGGUGCCCUCAGUCCACGAGCUCCGCAUCAGCAAGUCUCUCCAGAAGCUCAACGUCCCCAACUGGUACAAGCAGUCAAGCCUGUCCAAGAGCGGCAGCUGUCUGCUCAAGUAUGGCUCCUCCUCCACCAUGUCCUCCUGGCAGUUCUCCCCCAGCCUCAUCUCCUCCCCCUGCACCACCCCCUCCACCUCCUCCAAUGUGGUCAUCAAGACCCGAGUCCAACCCCCCACCUCUGCACGCAACCUCCGCUCCCCUCGCUACCCCUCCAAGUCCGCCCCCACCACGCCUUCAUUUAUGAACCAAUCAGAUGACACCGAGAGCAAGCCGACCACGCCCACGCCGGUGAAGCUCCCCAGCGACAAGAUGCGCACCAAAGACAAGCCGAAAGCUCUGAUGCCAAUACCCAUCGUGCCGUUCGACAGGAUCAGAGCCAUGUUCGAGAAGAAAAAAGAAGAGCCCAAACAGGAGCCCAAACCUCAGCGGGGGGAGAGCCCGGCCUCACCUACUUCACCUACCCCCAAACCUCAAGCCAACAAGCCGACCUCUCUUGCCCCGCUCGUCAACGGUGACGACAUGGAUGACCUUUACGAGGACGUCAUACCCAAGGUCAUCGUCUCACCCACUGACCCGAACGUCAAGAGCAUCCUGAAACGUCCCGGCUCUGAGAAACGCUACUCCGACAUCCAGGAGUCGCCGGAACCGGAAGAAGAGCCCUCCAUCAUCCGACCCGUCCCCACCCGACCCGUGGAGUCCACCCCAACCAUAGCCCUGCCCCCCGCCCCAUCCGUCAUCAAGCCGCCAGAGACGUCCAAACCUCAGCCAGAAGAAAAAGUCGCCAUCCGCCCGAAACCCAUCCCAGCAGAGAGGCCAAAGUCCAGUGAGAUCAAGAACAUUCAGAAACCGGUUGAACCACCUAAACCGGUUAUCGAAACCAAACCGGUUAUACAGCCCAAACCAGUUAUUCAACCCAAACCUGUAAUCGAACCCAAGCCGGUGGUUGAGCCUAAGAAAGAUCUAACACCGACGCCCAAGCCGAGGGGAUUUAACUUCUUCAAGUCCCUGCGCUCAUCCUCCUCGUCUUCCUCUGACGACAAGGGCAGUAAGUCUCCCGUCUCGCCGAGUGCUCACCUCAGCCCAGAUUCCAGCUACGAAUCUGAUCAGUUCCCUGCCUCCCCUGUUUCGCGAGUGUCACCCACGGGGAAUAAAUCACCACCAAACGUGGCCAACACCCCUAAAGUGGAGCCUCCACGCAUUGAGGUGUCACCAGUAGCUCAACGCCCCAAAGAUGAUGUGUCACCAUUAGCUCAACGCCCCAAAGAAGAUGUGUCGCCCAUACCUCAGUACCCAAAAGACACCAGAGAACAAAGUAUACCCAAGCCUAGAUCGCCAGAACCCAUCCAAGAAACGAACCUCGAUGAUUCGUUCGACGACCAUCCAAGUACACACCUACCAGCCGUGAAACCUCAGUCCCCACCCCCGCAGUCCCCACCCCCACAGGACCCCCAGCCAGAGAAGAAACGCUCCUGGUUCCCCAAAUCAAAGUCCCCCAAAGCCAAAUCCCCCACGGAGCCUGAGAAACCUCUGGCCAAGCCCAAGCCGAAAGACUCUAAAAUUUCCGAACUUCAGUCACGUUUCCAGGUGCCGGAAAUCGCGUACGAGCCCCGGCGUCUGACGUCAUCGCGAGGCUCGUCUGCUCACGAGGAGAGUUUCACGUCUGAGGAGUCCCGCUCUGACCGUCUGCAGAAAGAAUCAGACGGCAGCAGGUCGCCGCCCUCAUUCCAACACGACAGCCAAUCCAGAGAGAGUGACCACAACACAUCCACCGACCUCGACCGGUCAGUGGAGUCGAGCCAUGCCAGGCCAGAGCCCAGGUCUAAGGACCUCGGCGUGGACUAUUCCAGGAAGCCGGCCGUGGACUCGCGUGAUCCUGUUCGACGUGACCCUGAUCGACGUGACCCUGAACGUGGCAGCGGAAGAGGAGACCCACGUGAUAGAGACUCUAGUUUCAGUUCCAGAGAUGAUGACAGGAGAUACAAGGAUUAUGACAGGAGGGAUAAAGAUUAUGACAGGAGGGAUAAGGAUUAUGACAGGAGGGAUAAAGAUUAUGAUCGAGGAUAUGACAGGAGAGAAAAUGAUAACGGCAGGAGGGAUAGAGACUAUGAUAGACGGGACAGGGAUUACAAAGAUAGAGAUUACGACAGAAGGGAUAAAGAUUAUGACAGAAGGGAUAAAGAUUACGACAGGAGAGACAGAGAGCCAGGCUACGAGACGCCUCGCAGGCAGGACAGGGACUGGAGCCCUCGGGAUAGUGCUCGUGACUUGGACAGAAGCGCCAGAGGAAGUGCCAGAGACGCCGACACCUCCAGGGACUCUCGCAGUUCCAGAAGACCCUCCGAGAACGAGGAGGCGCCGAGACUGCGCGUGGGCGAGUCCCAGGAAUCUCUACGGUCCUCUGGCAGGACCUGGCAGCCCAAGCCCCGGGGGAGUCGCUCCUCUCUCUCCCCUUUCAACCGCGAUGACAGUGGCCGGAGUUCGAAACCGGUAGACGCCAACGGUACGGCGGCUACUUCGCCUUACAGAUACCCCGUAGCUGGCAGUGCCUUCAGCGCGUCACGGCCCAACACAAGCGCUGGACUUAACACACCCCCACCCGCCCGACACGACGUCAAGGCCACCUCCCCUGACUCAGGCAAAAGUCUCAAGGAAACUACAGUAUAACAGACAAGUGGCUGGCACUCUAGACAUCGGGAGUCAGUGCUAGAGUCAGUGCUGGCGUCAGUGCCGGCGUCAGUGUUGGAACAUGUCCUGUCUACACUACACCUACCCCGUCCUGGCCUCCGA